AGGAUGGCUUCGCUCUUCCAGCACUUGCGAGUGCUGCUCUGGAAGAACUGGCUCAGUGUCAAGAGGCAACCGCUCUGGUCACUCACCCUGGUCACCUGGCCAGCUAUCACCUUCAUCCUCGUGGCCAUCAUUCGACUCAGUUUCCCCCCAGAAGCGCAGCCAAACUGUUACCUCGCACCUCGGAAUCUUCCAAGUGCUGGAUUCUUCCCAUUUCUCCAAACCGUGCUCUGUAAUUCAGACGCUGUGUGCAAAGCCACACCAUACACACCAGAAGACCUUCUGCCGAAGCUGAAUGGUCUUUCACCCAUACGCCGAAAGCGGAGAAGGUCAGUGAAUGUGGAGAGGGGCGGCCAUCUCUCACCCCAGAGCGCCGAUGCUACCAAAAGCAGAAAUGGUUCCUUGGAGUUGAUGGAUGCCAUAGCCAGUCUGAAAAGCUCCACCGAAAAUAUGUCGCCAUCCAGCCAUAACAGAACUCAUUUGUUCAGAAAUAUCCUCAGCCGAGGAGAGAUGCCCACGCACCAGUCGACGGUGGCAAAUCUGAAAUCGGGGAUCUGUGAGGUUCUGUCCGCCUACGCCUCUUCUCAGAAGCCCCUUUGGGAGGCCCUGGGAGCCAACGUCUACCAGACCUUCUGCUUCACAGAGCUGUCUCUCCUGGAGUCGUUUUUUCAAGAGUUCAGAAGCCGGAUUGUGAAACUGCAGGAAGAUCCUCAGUACCAGGUGACUUUUGUCCGGGAAACGGUCUCUUUCCUGUCCCUCCUCUCUGAACUGCAGAACGAAACGUCUGUCUGGCGCCUCCUGCUGCUGGCCCCGGAUAUCACUCGGGAUGUCAUCCGUGUGAAGGGGAUGGUCGCUGCCCUGCGGGAGACCAGCAGGACUUUUAUAGAUCCAGAAAGAGAUUUUCUAUCUGAUGCAAGUGAAAGUGGGCUACAAGCUCUUAAAGACAUGAUUACAAGACUGCUACAUUCCCUGAACUGUACAGAGCCAGAUGAGAACAGUUCAGAGAUUACUGCUCUUUGUGAGCUGUCUCGUCACUGGAAUAGCCACCAUCCCUCGUUGGUUCAGAUGAAAGAGAUGGUGAGCAAAAUAAUAUCUCCAGAUUCUGCUACGGCCGAUUUCAAAAUGGGGAAUCUCUCAAAGGAUUUAGAAACUAUUCGAAAGUCUCUGGAUCUUUUCAAAGAUUUUCAAGAAGGCAGCAGUACUGCUGAAUUGAAAAACCUAAAGCCACUCAAUCUAUUUGAUAAUAAGACUAUACUGAGAUUGACUGAUAUCCUCUCUCUGCAAAUGAGGGAUGACCAACACCAUAAACGGAGGGAUCUUACAUCUCUGCUGCAGCAGACUGCCUUCAACACCUCCUCCAUAUUCCAACUGAUGACUCCCUUGAAAGAAAUUCAAAACAUCUACGACUUAACCCGAAACAUUUUGGACCUUGUAUUUUUAAGCAAGACUGAUUUUAAGGCCACAAAGUUGUGGCAAACCCUGAAAAUGAUAACUUCUCACAAAUUUAUUUACAUGCCUGAGAAAGUCAGGAGAUACUUAACUGCGUUGCAGGAGCUGCCUUCGCUCUUUGCAAAUUCUCUCCUGAAGCCGACAACUAUGGAAAACUUUCCAGAGAAGGUUCUUGCCCUGCAGAAAAUCUAUGAUAUUGUGGCAAAUGUUAACGCAAGCCACAAUUACCUGCUCAUCUCCUCCUUAACUAACCUGAUGCAGAAGAUCCAAAAUUCCAUCAAUGCCUAUCAGUGGAAUGAAUUCAACACCUACUGGCAAAUUAGCGAAAAAUUAAGAUCUGCGAAAUGGAAUGACACAGACAUCAUUGCUUAUGGGCAGGUUCUAGAUAUCCUCCACAAGAACCUGUACAUUCAUCGCAAUGGCUCUGGUCUUCUUUUUAAUAAAGUACUGGAACAACUGACUGCAUUUGCAAACCACUUACUAGAGGACUACAGUGGAGACAACGUUGGUGGAGCAAACAUCUCAGUGGUUUUAGACACCAUCGUGAAAACCCUCCAUGUGCUAGAAGACCUGGAGGAGAAGUACAUCAGUGCGUUCAUCACUACGAAUCCACUGAUGAAUGCUGAUGCUCAUAAUGAAACAAUCCAAAGAUUGAUUGAAAUAUUCAGAGAAGGAGUGGAUAUACUUUCUGAUCCGAGAUUGUUGGAAGCAUCCGUUAUUAAAAGAAUGGACAACCUCUUCCGUUUCUCACGUUUGUCAGACCUGCAGGACUUUCCCAGGACUCCAGUAAGGCCUGAUGCCUCAUUAGUAGAGGGGAAAGUGUUAGAACUCUGGUAUUUCACCCUGAGCCCUUUUGUAAGGGAAGAUAGUCUGGAUAACGGCAGGCUGCUGAACUGCACCGUAAAAGACUUCCACCACAUUGCCAUUGAAGUCUUGUUUAGGAACACCACGUUCAGUGAAGCUGUGGCAGAAAGUGACUGCCGCUUCCUUUUCACUUCCACGGACACAGUGGUCAACAAUCAGACAUUGACUGAAGUGUUUCAGCUUCUCCUACGAAACUUAAAAUCCCUGCCAACUCUUGCUGUGCUCCAGAAAAGCAAAUAUUUUCCAGAUGAAUUUCAGUGUUUUGUCAAAUCACUAGAAUUAUCAUCAAGGUUUCUUUCCCAAUUGGAUACAUUUCUUAACUACCAGAAUCCAUGGAUACAAAAGAUGCAUAAAAGUCUAACAAGCAUCUCCAGCAAGCUCUCCCAAAGUAAUCUGACUUGCCAAAUACCGCUGUUUGGCAAAAUGGCUGUUAUAAACGAAUCUUCAGCAUUUCACAUCUUGGUUCCUUUUGUGACGAAUUAUACAGAAACAUAUUCACAGCGUUUGUCUGCCAGUCAAUCCACCCAGGAACGAGUGCUUGCAUCUUUUAUGUCACUGCUCAAUGAACCUGACAGGAAUGCUAGUAUAGCAAGGAUCAUAGAAAACAUGGGAGGAGCUGUCAGCCACCCACAGUGGAAGAAUUUAUCAGCUGUCUUGAGUAAAGUUGCAAAGGUAUUGAACACCACACAAAAUGUGACAGAUGUACACCUACUGGAAAUUAUUAGAGAAGCUCUAAUUCUUGUCAGUACAGCAUUAUCUCCAAAUUGGGCUGAAACGUAUCCAUUUUUUGAAAUCCUAAAUUGGGGGAUGAAUGCUUCCAAUUUUGAAGACAUGCUUGAGUCAUUAAAAUGGUUCAGUGUAACCUCUAAGACAGAUUAUAGAACUUACUUAGAAAAAUAUUUCCAUACUUGGUCUCCAUACGUUGAUGUCCUUGCUCAAAGCCUUUUCCGCCUUAGUCCUCAGUGGAAAGACACCAAAAAGGGAUUAUAUUUAACCAAGCUAAUUUGGAAUAAUUUGUUUUUAAACGAAACAGGUUUUAAUUUAGCAGGGAUAUGGGAAACAGUAAAAAAGGUGGUGUCUCAUGCAAUUUCACUGUUUUCUGUGGAUCCCAGACAUGAUCUCCGUUCCACACAAGAAGCCUCAUUGCACAUUUCAAAUUUUCUGCGAAAAUCUAUUGCCACAAAAAACAUUCUGUGGCAAAUUUUGUCUGUUCCGAAUGCAUACAAUGUUACAGCAAAUGUCCGCAUGAAUAAAAACUACCCUUUCGUUGUUCACCUUUCAGAGAUAAUGCAGAGAAUCCAAAAUACAACAAAGAAACCAUGGUGGGAUGAGCUGAGAAACCUUGAACAUAAACUCUUAAGAUCCCUGAAACCGAAUAGUUCAAAUCCAGAUGCAUACAGACAUUUUUCUAAAAUUCUGCGUAAACACUUGAUUACACAGUAUAAUGUUUCUGGCCUUCACUUCAGUCUAGAUCUGUUUACUAGUCUUUUGUGGAAGGGUGCUGAAGAAAACCUCCAAAAUAACAGCAUCUCAGAAGCAUUAAACACUGUCCUCAGGAGUCUAUCAUUUGAGGAAAACUCUGAACAUCAAUUUGACAUCAGCCAAUUGGAAGCACUGGUGAAUGAAAGCAAUAAAAACCUCCAGAGAAUAGCUGACACCUUGAAGAGAGGGAUGAUCAUAUUGUCUGACAGCAGACUGGAAGAAGCAACUCAUAAGGAGAGAAUUGCUGCCCUCUAUACCUUUUCACGCUUUCUGUUUCCAAGGGAGUUCAACCAGUCUUUGUUGGGUCAGGGGGCUUCUUCAGAAGCAAAGAUCAUGGACAUCUUGCAUUUAUCUCUGAGUCCUUUCUUAGAUAUGAGGAGCCGCAGUGGAAAGCCGCAGAACUGCAGUGCCCAGCAUGUCAUUCACAGCAUACUUCAGAUCCUGCGUAAAAAUGCCAUACUUCACGAGUCCUUCAAACAAAGUGAUUGUGAGAUCCUUUUUACUUCCAGAGAUUUUGAAAACAGAACAAAGCCUAAUCAAACAUUGACUGAAUUGUUCCGCCUCACAAUAAGAAAUCUGAAGCUGAGUCCAGAGUCAGCAAAACUUUACCAAAAUGAGGAUAUUUCUAGCACAUUGUUAUGCAUCAUCAGGUCACUACAGUUUUCUUCAGGCAUGCUAUCCAAAAUGGACAUCCUCUUCAAUUUUAAAAAUCCUUGGAUACAACAAACUUCUAGAUCUUUAGCAGCAAUCUCUAAUGCACUGCCCACAAAUAAUUCAACAUGCCUAAUCCCAAUCCUAGAUGGAACAGAUGAUGCAGUUAAUUAUUAUCCUUUGAACAUGGUCUCUUCUUUCCUCAUUCGUGCUCUCCUUGCUCAUGGCACAGACAUUCAUGCACGAGAUUUCACUGACUGGCUAGUGGGUUGGAAUAAUAUGUCAGAGUUCCUCAGUGCAUUGGAGGACAACGUCCACCAGUAUUCUGCCAUGAACGAGGCUCUGGAGAUGGCCAAAGAUGUCCCCAGCCGUUUUGGAGUGGACAGUUUGUCACAGAUCUGGAACUUGGUCUCCAAAUGGAACCUGACAGAAAUGGAGGAUGCAAGACAUGGCUUGAAGUGGAUGGAAAGGGUUCUCGUUCGCAAUGAGUCAAGUCCUAUACUGGUGUCCAGCAUUUAUGUUCUGCAGAAAGCGAUGCUUUCAGAUUUGCUGGAGAAGCUGAAAAGAGACCAAGAUCCAAAUUUCCAUGCAAACAAACCCAAUAUGGAAUAUGUAUUUAAACAUAUUGCAUAUCGUUUUGCUACGGUCACUGAAAUGCUUUUCAAUGAAAACUUACUCCAGAAUGAGUCAGGAAAGACAUCAUCUCCAAGCACUUUGAUUGCACAGUUUUUGUUUUCAGAAUUUGAGAACACCUUCUUUAAAAUGUUGCCCAACAAUGGCUAUCGAUCAUACCUGCUUUGUCUGGUGAACAUGACGGACGGGCUAAACAUGGAAUUCUCAGAAGAUGUUCCUCUGAACACAGAACAGCUGGAAAAGAUUCUUUUUGCCCACCAUGACUCCUACAAGAAAUACUCCUCCGUUCCAGAAAUCCUGACGUUUAGACUUUCCCGCCUCCAAAAUGUGACAUCGGCCCUUUGUGACUCGGAGCGGCUCCAAGCAGCCCAGCAGUCCUGCCAGCUCCCCAAGGUCAGUUUUGGGGACUUGUGCCGACAAAGCCGGUUCCACAGGAAGCUCCUUCAUGGCAUCGCACUGAAUGACCAACUUGUGAGCAGCCUCAUCAGGCAUAGAGGCCUGCCCAGAGAACUCCGAGAAAUGCUCCUUGGAGACCCCACAAAACUCCAGCAGGAAAUUCACUGGUUUCGAGAAAAUGUCCCACAGCUUCAUUAUAUCCAAGAUAUCCCUCAGUAUGUGGCUUCUGUGAAUUCUAUUGUGAAUCACACCAAAAUUGCAGCACAUUCCAAGAAACAAGAUAUGAUCAUAGAUCUGUUCAGAAAUGUUGGCCGCCUCAAGGAAGACCUCAGGACUGUGGUGGGAAUGUCUGAGGAAAGCCGAGAUGCUCUCCUGGAAAUGCCUCUUCCGGAAAACAGGACGGAGCUCCUCUUUGAGAUGCUCCAGCUGGAGUCUUGUCGAAAUGGUGGUGCUGAUGCUAAACUGGAAAUUGUAGCCAAGGACUUCUGCAACCUGUCGCUCCCAGAAAGGGUCCACAAAUCCUAUCUCCUGGGGAUCACACUUCUGCGUUACUUGGAUGUAUACAACUUCAUGUACAAGAUGCUUUUCCCCAAGGAGCUUCAGUCCUCUCUGGAUAAGGUGUUUGGCCUCCUGCAGGAGUUGGAUCACUUCAAGAACCGCGUGGAAUCGGAUGUGCAGCCUCUGCUGGAUGCAAUUCAUUCCCUUAAAAAGCUGCGUCAGUCAAGGAACGCCCCCCUUUCCAAGGCACUGUCCAAGGCCAGCAGCCUCACGAUGGAUAGAAGGACAUUCAAAACCAUUUCCAAAUCUCUCUGCAACCAGGAAAUCACCCCUCUGUUCUUUGAAUCCCUCCUUCCUGAUUUUGAAGAGCAGAAUGUCCACCAUUCCUCCACACAAGAUGAGGGGCUGAAACAUAUCAUGGAGAAAUAUGGCAUCCCACAGGAUUCCACCCCCUUCUGCCUGUCGUUCUAUUUGGACCUGGUUCGGACACCGACUGGGGCCUUAAUUUGGUCUUUCCUGAAGCCGAUGCUGCUUGGGAAGAUUUUGUAUACUCCAGACACCCCUGAAACAAGAGCCAUCAUGGGAAAGUCGAAUUCAACGUUGAAGUUGAUGGGUGAUCUAGCACACAGAUCACAGGAGUGGCUGGAAAAUUCCCCCCUCAUCAUGAAUUCACUGACCACAUUAAAUCAGACCAUUCCUCUGCUGAAGAAUACACUGCGGAAUCCCUUUGUGCAAGUUUUCAUCAAACUCAUGGUGAAGCUGGAUGCCAUCGACAUUCUAACCCAAAUUAACCGGCUGGAUGACAUCCGUUUGGAACUGCAAAACAACGCUGACAUCAUCAGUCAACUGGACACCUUAUCCGAACUAAUGACCAAUGUUUCCUCUUGUGUUCUGUUUGAUCGCAUCAAGCCUGCGAGGUCCGUAGAUGAACUUGAGACCAUGGCGAAACAACUCUUCUUGAAGAAUGAGCUCUUUGCCAGUAUUAUUUUCAGGUUGCCCUCAGAUUACACAGAGAGGAAUGGAACAAACCGUAGAAAUCUUUCCCUUCCACCCUUGGUCAAUUAUACCAUUCGAAUGAGCAGUAAGAUUUCCCAAACAACAAAAAGGAUCCGAGAAAAAAUCUGGACGGUGGGCCCACAUAACUCUGCCUCCCAGAGUCAAAUCUACAGCCGGGCUUUCGUCUACGUUCAGGACAGUCUUGAAAGAGCAAUCAUUGAAUUGCAGACGGGGAAGCGGCUGGAAGACCUCGCGGUGCAAGUUCAGGGGACGCCCUACCCCUGCUACAGCAAAGACAUGUUCCUGACAAGCGUCACCUACUCUCUCCCGUUCACCCUCAUGGCCGCUUGGGUGCUCUUCAUUGCAGCUUUCGUGAAGAAGCUCGUGCAAGAGAAAGACCUGAGGCUCUAUGAGUACAUGAAGAUGAUGGGCGUCAAUUCCAGCAGCCAUUUCUUUGCCUGGUUCGUGGAGUGUGCCUCCUUCCUCCUCAUCACAGUCACCUUCCUCAUUCUGAUCCUCAAAGUGGGGAACAUCCUGCCCCAAAGCAAUGUGGUGAUCUUGUUCCUGUACCUCACCAACUACAGCUUCUCCAUCAUCGCCAUGUGCUACCUCAUCAGCGUCUUCUUCAACAACACCAACAUUGCUGCCCUGGUUGGGAGCCUGGUGUACAUCCUGACCUUCUUCCCCUUCAUUGUGCUCCUGGUGGUGGAGAAUCACGUCAGCUUCUCUGUAAAAAGCCUGCUGAGCCUCUUGUCUCCCACGGCCUUCAGCUAUGCCAGCCAGUAUAUCGCCCGCUAUGAAGAGCAAGGGGUUGGCCUACAGUGGCACAAUGUGUAUAAAUCACCCAUGACGGGAGACAACACUAACUUUGGCUGGAUGUGUUGGCUAAUUCUGAUAGAUUCCUUUAUUUAUUUCAUUCUGGGAUGGUACAUUAGGAACGUUUUCCCUGGGAAGUAUGGCAUGGCGGCCCCCUGGUACUUCCCCCUCCUCCCGUCAUACUGGGCCGAGCGCUACGGCUACAUCCCCUUGUGGGACGGGAAGAGCGGAGGCCUCCCCUUCGCCAGCUUCUUCUGGAGGAAAGAGCCAGUGUUCCCCGAGAAGAUGUAUGUUCAGAGCGCUUUGCCUUCUAACCUGGAACCACAACUCACCAACCUCCCGGUGGGAGUCUCUCUGCACGGGAUAACCAAGUUCUAUGGCUCCAAAGCUGCCGUUCAGAAUCUCAACCUGAAAUUUUACGAAGGAAACAUCACUUCGUUGCUGGGUCAUAAUGGAGCUGGGAAAACAACCACCAUCUCUAUCCUGACAGGUUUGUUCCCGGCUUCCUCAGGCACAAUAUUUGUGUAUGGGAAAGAUAUCCGGACGGACCAGGACACCAUCCGGAAGGACAUGGGGAUCUGCAUGCAGCACAACGUGCUCUUCAGCUACCUCACCACAAAGGAGCACCUGCUCUUGUACGGCAACAUCAAGGUGCCUCACUGGAGCAAGCAAGAGCUGCUGGAGGAGGUGGACAGGACUCUGAAGGAGACCGGCUUGUACAACCAUCGCCACAAGCUUGCCGGCUCUUUAUCAGGAGGGAUGAAAAGGAAGCUGUCGAUAUCAAUUGCCCUCCUCGGAGGGUCAAGGGUUGUGAUUUUGGAUGAGCCGACCACGGGGGUUGAUCCGUGCUCAAGGAGAGGCAUUUGGGAGAUCAUAUCGAAGAACAGAAAAGGGAGAACAAUCAUUCUCUCUACCCAUCAUUUGGACGAGGCAGAAGUCUUGAGUGACAGAAUUGUCUUCCUGGAAAAUGGGGGGCUCAAGUGCUGUGGAUCCCCCUUCUACCUCAAGGAGACCUUUGGUAGUGGAUACCACCUGACGCUCACUAAGAAAAAGAGCCCAGCCUUCAACCUGGCUGAAGAAUGUGACACCUCUGCCGUGACGGCCAUGAUCCAGUCUCACCUCCCUGCAGCCUACCUGAAGGAAGACAUUGGGGGAGAGCUGGUCUACGUGCUCCCCCCGUUUAACAGCAGGGUGUCUCCAGCCUAUCAGUCUCUUCUGAAGAGCCUGGACAACGGAGGAGCGAGUGACCUCCAGAUCGGCUGCUAUGGGAUUUCGGACAGCACCGUGGAGGAGGUGUUUCUCAAUUUGACCAAAGACUUGUCCAAAGGCGAACAAGCGGAUUCAGAGCUGCCCCAAGAGGUCCCCGCCAGCUGCCCCCUGGAGAAUGAUGAGAUGUCCGUGAACUCUGACACCUUCACAGAAAGAGACGACCAGGCGCUGGUCAAGUCCAAGAAGCGGAACAACUUCUGCGUCUUGCUGAGGAAGGCCACAGCCUUGUUUGUGAAGAGGUUUCAUCACACCCGGCGCAACGUGAAAGGCUUCAUCGCUCAGGUCAUCCUCCCCGUGCUCUUUGUGACGGCCGCCAUGGGCCUUGGCACCCUGCGGACAGAGGUGGCCGAAUACCCGGCCCUCCAUCUCUCACCUUCCUUGUAUGGCGACUCUGGCCAGGCGGACUUCUUUGGGAACUAUAACAAGAGCACUGAACCUUUAGUGGCUUCCUUACUUGCUUUCCCUGGAGUGGACAACACGUGUCUGAACAGAAGCAACCCAGGGUGUUUCAAAGAAAAGGUACCUGGGGAGUGGCUCUCCAGUGGGAACCAGAGUGCCCAGUACUUUGCCUGCAACUGCACAGACAUCAAACAGACUUGCCCACAGGUGGAUUUUACUCCUCCUCACAAAAGAACUUUCUCAUCCCGGACAAUUUACAACCUUACUGGGCAUGAUGUGGAGGCCUACCUUCUCAUCACGGCCAAGGAGUUUGUGCAGAAGAGGUAUGGUGGUUGGAGUUUUGGGAUGCCUUUGACGAGUGACCUCCAGUUCGAUAUCAACCCUGUGCCUGCUAACAGAACGCUGACUAAGGUCUGGUAUAAUCCAGAAGGGUAUCACAGCCUCCCAGCGUACCUGAACAGCUUGAAUAACUUCAUUCUCCGAGCAAACUUGCCAAAGGAGAAGUCCUCCAACUACGGUAUUUCUGUCGUUGCUCAUCCCUACCCUGGCGGAGAGAGUCAGGAACAGCUCAUGCUGAGCAGCCUGCUGGACAUCAUCGUCUCCAUGUCGGUCCUGAUUGGCUACUCCAUCACCACUGCCAGCUUCGUGCUCUACGUGGUGAAGGAGCACCAGAACAAGGCCAAGCAGCUGCAGCACAUCUCCGGCCUCGGGGUGACCACCUACUGGGUGACCAACUUCAUCUACGACCUCACAUACUUUAUGGUGCCUGUUGCCCUCUCCAUCGGAGUCAUCUCAGCCUUCCAGAUUCCAGCUUUCUACAAUGACAGCAACCUGUUGGCUGUCUUCCUUCUCCUGUUCCUCUUUGGGUAUGCCACAUUUUCCUGGAUGUAUUUGCUGGCGGGGAUCUUCAAGGAAACAGGAAUGGCCUUUAUUGUUUAUGUCUGCAUCAACUUGUUCUUUGGCAUCAACACCAUCAUCACACAGUCAGUGGUGUUUCUGCUCUCCCAGGAAAAGGCCACUGAUCAGGGCUUGCACAACCUCGCUGAGACCCUGAGGCACGUUUUCCUGAUGUUCCCCCAAUUCUGCUUUGGAAAUGGGUUGAUCGAGCUCUCCCAACACCAAGCCCUGAUGGGCUUCCUCAAGGCUUACGGCGUGGUUUACCCGGACAAAACCUUUGAGCUGGACAGGAUUAGCUGCAAGUUGCUGGGACUUUUCCUCCAAGGGACCCUGUUCUUCUCCAUCCGUCUCGUGGUCGACGAUGGGACAAUUCAAAAAGUCUGGUAUAAAAUAUUAGAAUUCCUCUAUGACCAAAUGCACGGCAAACUGCCUCUCCAGCUGGAGGCUGCUGAAGAGGAGGAAGACAAGGACGUCCUCACCGAAAGUGAGCGGGUGGCGGCAGGCAGAACAGAUUAUGACAUGCUGCAGCUCCAGAACCUCACCAAGAUCUACCAUCUUCCCCAUCGAAGGAUUGUAGCUGUCCGCAAUGUCAGCAUCGGAAUCCCAGCAGGGGAGUGCUUCGGCCUGCUGGGCGUGAACGGCGCUGGGAAAACCACCAUCUUCAAAAUGCUGACGGGGGACAUCGGGCCGUCUCACGGGAGGCUGCUGGUCCGAGAUGAAAACGGAUUCUUGACUGAUGUUGAUAAGGCCCACUGGUCCCUCUUCGGCUACUGCCCUCAAGAAGAUGCUCUGGAUGACCUCCUGACGGUAGAGGAACACAUGUAUUACUAUGCGCGGCUACUUGGCAUCCCAGAGAAACAUAUCAAAGGGAUUGUUCUUCAGCUUCUCUACCGGCUCAAUCUGGUGCCUUACAGACAGAGGAUCACAUCGAUGUGCAGCUAUGGCACCAACAGGAAGCUGUCAACAGCUCUGGCCCUUCUUGGGAGACCCUCCAUUCUACUGCUGGAUGAGCCGAGCUCCGGGAUGGAUCCGAACGCAAAGAGGCACUUGUGGAAGAUCAUCUCUGAGGAGGUGCAGAACCAGUGCUCCGUGGUCCUGACCUCUCACAGCAUGGAAGAAUGCGAGGCUCUCUGCACCCGCCUGGCCAUCAUGGUGAACGGGAGCUUCCAGUGCUUGGGCUCCCUGCAGCACAUCAAGAGCAGGUUUGGAAAAGGAUUCACUGUGAAGAUGCACUUGAAUAAUGGUGCUGAGAGCAGCAUCGAGAAGCUGACACAAUUUAUGCAGUCAAACUUCCCAAAUACGCAUCUAAAGGACCAUCAGCUAAACAUGGUGGAAUACCACGUCCUGGUGUCAGCUGGAGGGGUAGCAAAUAUCUUUCAGCUCCUGGAAGCCAGCAAAGCAGUCUUUAAAAUCAGGCACUUCUCCGUCAGCCAAACAACUCUAGAAGAGGUCUUCAUCAACUUUGCCAGACAUCAGACUAGUCCUGAUGCUCCAGAAGGAACUUCAGAGCACUCAAAUCCAGACAGUGGAGGCUCUCCCAUGGCCCCUCUCUUUUAA